AUGUCAUUCUUCAAGUCGUUCAAAACAAGCUAUACGCCAUUGGGCCAGAACGAUUCAUCCGAUGGCGCGCCAUUGCCGCCGCCGGUGACGCAACCCCAGUCAAGUUCGUUCCAAACUCGACUUCAGAAGCUUAAUCCUUUCCGGAGCCAAUCGGUGUAUCUAGAGGAUGAUGACAAUUACGUGACGUCGGACCCGGGGAUGUUUGAGUUGUCCAGAUGGGACAGAAUGCUUAUAUUUGCCUUGUGUUUUGCUGGUGCCUUGUGCUGCUGGCUCAUCUGUUUCUUCUUGUUCCCCGUGCUAAGUCUAAAGCCAAGGAAGUUUGCCUUGUUGUGGUCGUUGGGGCUGAUAUUCUUCUUGGUCAGUUUUGGUGUCUUGCAAGGCGCGCAGGCGUACGUGGUCCAUUUGUUUUCCUCCACGAGAAUCAUCUUCACAAUUGUGUUUGGUGCAAGUAUCGUCUUGACGUUGAUCAGUGCCGUAAGUUUAAAGAGUACGUUGCUAUCCAUCAUAUUUGCUGCAAUCCAGUUAUUGGCUGCUGUGUGGUACGCUGUGAGCUAUUUCCCCUUUGGGAAACAGACCUUGAAUCUAGCUGGAAGUGUAGCUAGAGGCCAAGUCGAUAAUUGGAUCAACUCUUGA